AUGUCUCCUUCCGCAAACAUCGUCAAGAAGUCCUACAGCAUCGCCUCAAUCCCUGCUGAUGGCAUCGGUCCUGAGGUCAUUUCAGCUGGUGUUGAGGUUCUGGAUGCUCUAGCCGAGACACUUCAAACCUUUGAUCUUGACUUCACUCACUAUGACUGGAGUUCAGAUACCUACAAGAAGACGGGAAAGUAUAUUCCUGACGGCGGUCUUGAGCAGCUCAAGAAGCACGAUGCCAUUCUCUUCGGCGCAGUAGGCGCUCCUGAUGUCCCUGAUCACAUCUCCCUCUGGGGUCUUCGUCUGGCAAUAUGCCAGCCUUUCCAGCAGUACGCCAACGUGCGACCAACACGCAUAAUGCGCGGAACCCAGUCACCCCUACGAAACUGCAAAACCGGUGAUCUCGACUGGGUCAUCAUCCGUGAAAACAGCGAGGGCGAAUACGCCGGCCAGGGAGGUCGCUCUCACCGCGGUCAUGCUUGGGAGGUAGCCACUGAAGUUGCCAUCUUUACCCGCCACGCUGUUAGCAGACUUAUGCGUUUUGCCUUUGAGAUUGCGCAGAAGCGACCAAGAAAGCAUCUCACUGUUGUUACAAAGAGCAAUGCUCAGCGAAAUGGUAUGGUCCUCUGGGAUGAGGUUGCUGCGGAUGUUGCGAAGGAGUUUCCUGAUGUGACGGUGGAGAAAAUGUUGGUGGAUGCUAUGACUACCAAGAUGGUUCUCAAGCCUGAGAGUAUUGAUACUAUUGUUGCGAGUAACUUGCAUGCGGACAUUCUCUCCGAUUUGGCCGCCGCUCUCGCCGGCUCUAUUGGUAUCGCACCCACCAGCAAUCUCGAUCCCAGCCGCGAGAACCCCUCCAUGUUCGAGCCCAUCCACGGCUCUGCCUUUGACAUCACCGGCAAGGGCGUCGCCAAUCCCGUGGCGACCUUCUGGACAGCAGCUGAGAUGCUUGCCUGGCUUGGUGAAGAAGAGGCAUCUACCAAGUUAAUGGAGUGUGUGGAAAACGUGACGGCCUCGGGAGUUCUUACGCAGGAUCUUGGUGGUAAGGCGACGACUAAGGAGGUCACUGCCGCGGUGGUGGAGGAGAUCAAGAGUUUGAAUAAGGCCUCCAAGUAG